AUGGAGAUGGAGAACGGUCACCCUGUGGACAGCGUAGAUACACUGGCUACACGCUCAGAGCCUCCUGGUCGUGAUUCCGCCUCUUCCUCUGCGAGUUCGUCUUCGCUAGCUGGUUCGAACCCGCCAGAGGAAUUUGCGCCGAUUCGCACGAUCUCGUCGGAAUCUGAUAAAGAGCACAGAGGGGCGGAAUUGAAUGAAGAUGAUAUUGCGCGCACUAUAUCUCAACGACGGAGCCAUGCUUCCGGCCACGAAGGGGAGGAAUGGGCACAGAUAGAGAAGCUUAUAUCGCGGAUGUUCGGGAGUGAACGCAAGGCGAACUCGGAAGAAGAGAAGACGCGCCAUGUUGGAGUUGUAUGGAGAAAUUUGACUGUGAAAGGAGCUGGUCUUGGAUCUGCGCUCCAGCCUACAAACGGGGAUAUCUUUCUGGGCUUGCCGCGGUUUAUCAAGCAGCUUUUGACCAAGGGCAGGAAAGGCGCUGGAGUCGGGAAAUCGUCCAUACGGACUAUCCUUGAUGAUUUUACCGGCUGUGUUCGGCCGGGAGAAAUGCUCCUUGUUCUCGGCCGCCCAGCACUUGGCAAUCAACGAGCUGGAUACGAGAGUAUUGACGGCGAUGUGCGGUAUGGUGGCACAGAUGCAGAAAAGAUGGCCAAGCAUUAUAGAUCAGAAGUUUUGUACAACCCUGAGGAUGACCUCCACUACGCCACUCUCACUGUGCGAGAUACCUUGCUCUUUGCCUUGAAAUCUCGAACUCCCGGUCAAGGUUCACGAAUCCCAGGAGAGACUCGAAAAGAGUAUCAAGAGACCUUCUUGGCGGCAAUAGCUAAGUUGUUCUGGAUUGAACAUGCCCUGGGGACCAAAGUUGGCAAUGAACUCAUCCGUGGAGUCUCGGGAGGCGAGAAGAAACGAACGUCCAUUGCCGAAGCCAUGGUCACGAAAGCUAGCACACAGUGCUGGGACAAUUCCACGAAGGGCUUGGAUGCCAGCACAGCACUGGAGUACGUCCAAAGUCUGCGGAGCUUGACAAACACCGCCAAUGUCUCUACAGUGGUAGCUCUCUACCAGGCUUCGGAGAACCUUUUUGAACUCUUUGAUAAAGUGAUCCUCAUUGAAGACGGGAAAUGCUCGUUCUUUGGUCCGAGCCAGGACGCAAAGGCCUACUUUGAACGACUGGGCUUUGAAUGUCCGCCGCGUUGGACAACACCAGAUUUCCUCACUUCGGUCAGUGACCCUCAUGCGAGACGUGUCAAAGAAGGGUGGGAGGACCGGAUCCCCCGGACUGCAGCAGAGUUCCAAGCUGCGUACCGCAAAAGCGAUAUUUACAAGCGCAACUUGGAGGAUAUCGAGGACUUUGAGGGCGAGAUCGAAGCACAAAGGCAAGAACGGGAAGCAGCAAGGAGUAGCUCAAAACGGAAGAACUUCACUAUCCCAUUCUACAAGCAGGUGAUGAUUCUUACGCAUCGUCAAUUCCUGGUCAUGUUUGGUGACAGAGAGUCACUGAUAGGCAAGUGGGGUGUGAUAACUUUCCAGGCACUCAUUAUUGGUAGUCUGUUCUACAACCUUCCGGAUACGAGCGGUGGUGUUUUCACGAGAGGUGGCGUCAUGUUCUUUAUACUGCUGUUCAAUGCCUUGCUUGCUAUGGCAGAGCUGACAGCGGCAUUUGAGAGUCGACCGAUUUUAAUGAAGCAUAAAAGCUUCUCUUUCUACCGACCGGCGGCAUAUGCAUUGGCCCAGGUCAUGGUUGAUGUACCCCUGGUGUUUAUACAAGUCGUCUUAUUUGAUCUCAUCGUAUAUUUCAUGGCAAAUCUUGCACGAACACCUUCCCAGUUCUUCAUCAAUUUGCUUUUUAUUUUCACACUGACAAUGACGAUGUACUCAUUCUUUCGCGCACUCGGCGCUCUUUGUUCCUCGUUGGAUGUUGCAACACGUCUUACCGGCGUCGCCAUACAGGCAUUGGUUGUGUAUACAGGCUAUCUAAUUCCUCCGUGGAAAAUGCACCCAUGGCUGAAAUGGCUGAUCUGGAUCAACCCCGUCCAAUACGCAUUCGAGGCCCUGAUGGCCAAUGAGUUCCACAAUCUUCAGAUCAGAUGUGUGCCACCAUACAUUGUGCCAGAUGGGCCAAACGCAGUCGUUGGUCAUCAAAGCUGUGCAAUCCAAGGCAGCGACACCGACCAUCUAAUUGUUCAAGGUCCCAAGUAUAUCGAAACGGCGUACACAUACAGCCGAGCUCAUUUGUGGCGAAACCUGGGCAUUAUCAUUGGAUGGCUGAUUUUUUUCGUCUGCUUGACGAUGCUGGGGAUGGAAUUGCAGAGACCUAAUAAGGGUGGGAGCUCGGUCACUGUGUUCAAGAGAGGCGAGGCGCCCAAAGAAGUUCAAGAUGAGAUAAAGCAUGCUGGUCCCACUGCAGACGAGGAAUCAGCCGAGAAGAAGGGCAUAGUCAACGCGACUGAUGAAGAGUCCAGUGGAUCUGAAGAAAAGGUCAAGGAUAUUGCUAAAAAUACGGCAAUCUUUACCUGGCAGAAUGUGAAUUACACUAUUCCAUAUAAGGGUGGACAGAGACAGUUGCUGCAGAAUGUCCAGGGAUAUGUCAAGCCUGGUAGGCUUACUGCGUUAAUGGGAGCAUCUGGAGCAGGAAAAACCACUCUCCUCAAUGCGUUGGCACAGAGAAUCAACUUCGGAGUCGUCACUGGCGACUUCUUGGUUGACGGAAGACCUCUCCCAAAAAGCUUCCAAAGAGCAACCGGGUUCGCCGAGCAGAUGGACAUUCACGAGCCCACCGCCACAGUACGGGAAUCCCUCCGGUUCUCUGCUCUGUUACGACAACCCAAGGAAGUUCCAUUGCAAGAAAAGUAUGAUUACUGUGAGACAGUCAUUGACCUGUUGGAGAUGCGGUCCAUUGCAGGAGCGACUGUCGGAACCGCAGGCUCGGGCCUCAAUCAGGAGCAGCGCAAACGACUCACCAUUGCUGUGGAACUGGCAAGUAAGCCUGAACUGUUGCUUUUCCUAGACGAACCGACAUCUGGUCUUGAUUCCCUGGCUGCGUUCAACAUUGUGCGCUUCCUACGUCGACUUGCAGAUGCCGGCCAGGCCGUUCUUUGCACAAUCCACCAGCCUUCUGCUGUUCUAUUCGAGAAUUUCGAUGAGCUUUUGCUACUGAAAACCGGUGGACGGGUUGUUUACAACGGGCCACUUGGGAAUGACUCGAAGACACUCAUCGAUUACUUUGAACGAAAUGGCGGCAAGAAGUGCUCACCACAUGCGAAUCCGGCAGAGUACAUGCUGGAAGUCAUCGGAGCUGGCAACCCCGACUACAAGGGACAAGACUGGGGUGAUGUGUGGGCGAACUCGCCAGAGUCUAAACAGCUGUCCGAUGACAUUGAGGGCAUUAUCUCCUCCCGUCGCAAUGGUCAAAAGGACGAGACAACUAACGACGACCGCGAGUACGCAAUGCCUCUAUCCACGCAGGUCUUUGCAGUGACCAAGCGCGCUUUUGUAGCGUAUUGGAGGGACCCGGACUACAUGCUUGGCAAAUUUAUGCUCCACAUUUUCACGGGUCUUUUCAAUACUUUCACAUUCUGGCAUCUGGGCAACAGUUACAUCGACAUGCAAUCAAGGCUCUUCUCUGUCUUCAUGACGCUGACGAUAGCACCGCCAUUGAUCCAGCAGCUUCAACCACGAUAUCUACACUUCCGAAGCUUGUACCAAUCCCGCGAAGCCAACUCCAAGAUUUACUCUUGGCCUGCUUUUGUCACGAGCACAAUUGUUCCAGAGCUGCCAUAUUCAAUUGUAGCUGGAUCAAUUUACUUCAACUGCUGGUACUGGGGCACCUGGUUCCCACGCGAUUCGUUCAGUUCCGGGUACGUUUGGAUGCUGUUGAUGCUGUUCGAGCUGUACUACGUCGGCUUCGGCCAAUUCAUCGCAGCAAUGGCCCCCAACGAGCUUUUCGCAAGCCUGCUUGUUCCAACCUUCUUCACUUUCAUCGCUGCCUUUUGCGGUGUUGUCGUUCCCUUUGUCGCCCUACCGCACUUCUGGCAGUCGUGGAUGUACUGGCUCACGCCGUUCCACUAUCUCCUCGAAGGCUUUGUCGGGGUCAUUACGCACAACGUUCCCGUGCGAUGUGUGGAGCGCGAAGAAUCUCGCUUCAGCACUCCACCUGGCAUGAGCUGCCAGGAGUAUGCUGGGUCUUUUGUCCAGAAGGCUGGUGGAUAUGUUCGAGAUGUUGGUAAUGGGAUGUGCUCGUUCUGUCAAUAUGCGACAGGCGAUCAAUUUUCCAGGAGCCUCAAUAUCUUUUACUCGCAUAAAUGGAGAGCUUAUGGCAUCUUCUGGGGAUACAUUAUCUUCAACUUCGCGCUCGUCUUUGCGUUGUCUUGGUUGUAUUUGCAUGGCGUUGGCAACAUGAAACGCUGGCUCAGUUCGCGCAGGACCCGAAAAGGGGGGAAAGACGGAUCUUGA